ACUACUACUACUACGGCAACGUUAAUAUCCUACCUUUCCUCCAAGGAGGUCAAGGUAACCUACAUAGUCCUCUCCUCUCCGUUUUACCCUCACAGCAACCCUGUGAGGUAGGCUAGGCUGAGAGAUAGUGACUUGGGCCCAAGACAGGUCCUGCAGUGAGUUUCAUUGGCUGAGUGGGGGUCCCAGUCCACCAUUCUGACCACUUCCUAGAUAGAAAGUACCGCGAAGCAACUUCAUAAGAAAAACAUCACGAGCCAAUCUCAUAUACGAAAACGAAUUCUCUUCCUUUGCAGCUCUCUUCGUGAGAAGCUCAAGGGGUUAAGGGCACCGAGCUGUCUCUUCCUAGAGGAGAAGGAGCCAGCACACACGUGGCUGAGGAAAGGAUGUGAAAAGAGAGAUCGAGAGAAAGCAGUGAGGUCACUUUCCUGCUCCACCUUCUCCCCUUCCUGGGGUGAAGCUUCCUUUUUGGGCUGCCGGCCUUUCUCUCCCCAUCUUUUGUAGGAGCAGUUGUGGGGAGCUGCAGAAUACCAAAGGCUGAAAAACCUGCCAAGGACGGUGGAAGGAACCGAAUCCACCAGGAGAUCCCCUUCUGUUGAUCUUAAUUACAUGGGAGCCGUAAGCCCGGAGUCAAAAUGGAGAAGCGGGUCUCGUCAGGACCCAAAUUGGGGGCCAGAUUGUCAGCGGGAGAAAAAGAUAUUCGCAUUGUCCAAGUUGGGCUGAUUGGGGAAGUGCUCACUGGGGUUACUCCGCCUCAGAUUAAGCAAGAACCAGAGGAGGGGAUUCAGGAUCACUGGGAAGCCAGCAGGGAGGAGGAAUUCCUGAAGAGGGCAGCACCAUCCCUGUAUUCCGGGUGGGGAAACUCACAGUUGCCUCAGUCCCUGUCAGAGGAUAAUACCACACGAUCCCGGACCUGUUUCAAGGGAGUCCAGUGGUCCAGGGGAGAAGCUGCAGCCCAACCCCUGCUAGGCCUGAGUGGCAGAGAAGGCCACGAGGUCUAUGAAAUCCCGGAUGCCUCGGUGGAAGUGAAGGAGGAGAUCCUGGACGAGGAGGCUCUCAACAUGGAGAUGUGCUGCCAGCGCUUCAGGCACUUCUGCUACCGGGAGGCAGAGGGCCCCCGCAAGGUCUUCUGCCAGCUCUGGGAACUUUGCCAUCGGUGGCUGAAGCCCGAGAGGCACACCAAGGAGCAGAUUCUAGAGCUGGUGAUCCUGGAACAGUUCCUGAUGAUCUUGCCUCUGGAGAUGCAGUGUUGGGUCCGGGAGCGGGGCCCGGAGACUGGCAGCCAGGCGGUGGCUCUGGCAGAGGAUUUCCUGUGGCAGCCAGAAAGCAGGGAGAGAUCGGGACAGAAGCCACCGGAGGAUUUGGAUGGUUCUGUUCCUGGUUCCCCGAAAUCAGAGCUAGAUCCAUCGGACAUUGUGAAGAUUGAGCUCCCCAUGGAUGGUGAUGGAGGCAGUGACCAGUAUAUUCUUGGGGAAGCAGCUGGUUUGCAGGAGGGAAUGUACAGCAGUUCAGCGGAAAAGGCAGGCCUAGACCAUCUUCCCAAGAGCCAGAAGACGCAGCUGAAAGAGAAGCUGCACAAAUGCCAAUAUUGCGGGAAGAUCUCGGAUUGCCGAGCCCACCUGGUUAUCCACGAGAGGACCCACACUGGCGAGAAGCCACACAAGUGCUCAGUCUGUGGCAAAUGCUUCACCCGGAAAGAGUCUCUGAUUAUACAUGAGCGAUUCCAUACCGGGGAGAAGCCAUACAAAUGCUCGGUGUGCGGCAAAACCUUCAGCGAUAAGAUAGGCCGCCUGAUCCACGAGAGGACCCACACCGGCGAGCGACCAUAUAAAUGCUCCGAGUGCGGGAAGAGCUUUGGCACUCGCUGUAACCUCCUGAGGCACAGGAGGGUGCACACAGGAGAGAAACCGUACAGGUGCGCAGAUUGUGGGCAAAGCUUCCGGUAUAGGCCGCAGCUGGUGAUCCAUGAGGGGACCCACAAAGGGGAGAAGCCCUACAAGUGCACAGAGUGUGGGGAGAGCUUUAGUCAGACCCGGCAUCUGGUCAUUCACAAGUGGACCCACACAGGGGAGAGGCCGCACAAAUGCUCUGUGUGCGGCAAAAGCUUCAAUCAGAAGUCGGACCUUAUUACACACACGAGAACCCACACGGGCGAGAAGCCAUACGUGUGCACCAGCUGUGGGAAGAGCUUCAUAUCCAGCUGUCAGCUCAGAAAGCAUGAAAGGAUCCACACGGGGGAGAAGCCAUACCAGUGUUCCGAGUGUGGCAAGUGCUUCACUUACAGCUCCCACCUUACAACGCACAAGCGGACGCACACAGGGGAGAAACCAUACCAAUGUCCGGACUGUGGGAAAUGCUUCAUUUCCAGCUCUCAUUUCACUGCCCACAAGAGGACCCACACCGGCGAGAAACCAUAUCAGUGUUCAUACUGCGGGAACAGCUACAUCCAGAGAUCGCAGCUUGCGAAACAUGAGAGAUCCCACACAGGAGAAAAGCCCUAUAUAUGUUCAGAGUGCGGGCAAAGCUUCAGGUGGAGCCAGGGGCUUAAAAAACACAUGCGGACACACACUGGCGAGAAGCCGUACAAGUGUCCAAAGUGUGAGAAAACAUUCUCCAGUUCCUCUAACCUUUCCAGACACCAGAAAAUCCACACAAGGGAAAAGCCAUGAAGGUUGCUUAGGAGAUAGAAAAGACUGCACCAGGAGAAGCCUUUAAGGACAAUGUUAUCACCUGGCCCUCAGAAAACAAUACAGAAAAGAAAGUGUUUGCAUGUGGUGUGGUGCAAAAAUAUUACAGAGAAUUUACCCUGUAAAUACAGUCUCCGCAAACCUUGAUUGGGGCCCAGCUGCUGUGGUAACUCCCAAUAAUAGUCAUCAGAGAAUCCAGUGCGAUUGCUGAACGUGGCUUCACCACGUUGCCAGCCUUUCAUACCUACACAUAGGAUUGGGCACUGAGCAGUUUGACACCAGCACUUACAGCCAGUUGCUGAACAAUUGCAGACAUCUGGGGAAGGACGUUCUGGCUUCUACCACAAGCUAGGCUGCCACUAGGAAAUUAUGCUGUCCCUCCCUCCCUCCCUGCCGUGGCCAGGGGAAAGCCAGCGUGGCCUCUGUUGCUUCUGUAGCCAGAGGACACUCUGUGCUCCAAUGGCCAGCUGUCCUCUGACUGCAGGAGCAAGGGGAAGCACACUUUGACCUUCACCAGUGGAACAAGGGCUGCUGUUGGCUUUUUUAUUGCUUAAGGUUAGGGAUGGUGAGCCUGGUGGCUCUCCUCAGAUGUCCCUGGACUCUAAUUCCCAUCAGCCCCAGCCAGCAUGGCCAACGGUCAGGGAUGAUGGGAGCUGUAGUCCGACAUCUGGAGGGCUCCAUGUUCCCCCAUUUCUGAUUUAGGGUGCAAUCCUUAUCUGCACUUACCUGGAAGUAAGCCCCCUGAGCCCAAGCAGACUCUGAACAGACAAGUAUGGAAUUGCACUUUUCAGUGUGUCACAAGCUAGCCUGGAAAGAUAGCUUAACUGAAAAGUGUGUGCGAUAGUAAGGGAUCUGAGAGCUUUAGACUGCAAUCUGAGCCAUGUCUACUUAGAAGUAAGUCCCAUAGAAUUCAGUGGAACUUACUCCCAGGUGAGCUGGGUUCAGAUUGCAGCCUUCACUUAGCUUGUUCAGCACUGGUAUCUAAGAGGUUGUUGCUGGAUUUAAAAAAAUAAAAAGUGGUGGUGGUAAGGAACUGGAAGGUGUUUUUUUAACAGUUCUCUUGAUGAAUGUACACAACUGCUUUGUGGGACGGAGUGGGGGGGGAGACAAUAUUCCAUGCCAUUGUAUUAUAGUGGGACAUUUUACAGUUUGCCAUUUGUAUAUGCUUACAUUAUUGCAAAUGUUUGUUUCUCAGCCGCUGUGAUCUGCUCAGAGCUGAGGGCUGAAUGAAGCUAGGAGGCUGUAUGUACAAACUUACAGCACUUCUAGAUUUUAGCUUCUGCAGCUGCAUUGACUGUAGGUUUUGUGUUAAUAUUAACUCCAGAUCCUCAUUAAACGCAAGAAGCUGUA